AUGCUAUUUAUGCGCAAAAUAAUUUCUGAAACUUACGCCCUCUCUCUUGCUUCCUGUUUGGAAUUUAAAUACCCCGAGCAAAUCACGUUAUUAGCAGGAGCUACAGAUAUUUCAUCAGAAUCUAAUGGACUUUUAGCUAAAGCUUCCAAAUUUAUUUUUCAUCCAGAUUUUGACUUUGAAACUAACGCUUUUGACAUCGUCGUUAUCGAAGUUCGAACUCCUUUCAUCGGCAAAAAUAUUAACCCUGUAAAACUUUCAACCCAAGGAAUGCCCAUGUACGAAGGACUUCAUGCUGAAAUUGCUGGAUGGGGAAACAACCAAGAUCCGUCUUCAGAAAACAUUUUACAUAAAGUUAGUUUGCCAAUCGUGGAUUUGGAGAAAUGUUCCGAAGCAUGGAAUCGUCAAAUACCUGAAACAGCGAUUUGUGCGGGGCAAGUUGGUUAUGAUACAUGUUCAAGCGACAAUGGAGGCGCCUUGGUUUAUUGUGGCUUACAAAUCGGGAUUAAUAUCAAAAAUUCUGAAAGCUGCGAUGGCGCAAAACCAGCUGUUUUUACAAAUAUCUCUCAUCCGGGCAUACGAUCAUUUAUCAGACAACAAACUGGAGUCUAA